AUGGAAAAGGAGAUCGCAGAUCUUCGUAAACGUCUUUCCACAAAUGCAGAAGAAACCAAAUAUGAUUCGAAUAUCGCGGAUCAUCAGUCCCCAUGCUCCGAGGAUGUAUUUCCCCGUCGAGAAUCAUCUGCGGUUGCAACCUCACGGCCUGUGUCCGUGGCCGCGGAGCCGCAUCCUUCCAUAGGAACACCCUUGGCGAUGAAGAGGUCUGGGUCAAUCAUCUCACAAGACGAGAAUACCCCUUGGCGCCUCGAAGAUGUUGUUCUUUCAAGGGCACGAGUUGCCCGGCUUUAUGACCAUUACUACAAUUAUUACCAUCCAUUCCUUCCUCUACUUAACCUCCCAAAGCCCCCCGAAGUCUAUCUAGGCCGCUGUCCUCUAUUAGCAUGGACUGUUGUCUGUGUCGCCAGUCGGCGAUCUCCAUCCGAGCCGGGCUUGCUAAGUGCACUGUCCGGGCCGUUUAGUCGACUGCUCUGGCAGACAAUUACUGGUGUUCCUCAAGACUAUCGAGUCGUCAAGGCACUAUGUAUACUAUGCACUUGGCCCUUGCCGACGACCAGCCAACGGACUGACGCGACAUUCAUGCUCAGCGGACUGAUGAUGCAGAUUGCAAUGCAGCUAGGCUUACAUCGCCCGGUCCAGUCCGAAGAGUUCACAACCUUCCGGAUGGAAGUUCAAGGGGAAGCACUGAAGGAUCGUUUGCAUACCUGGGUUAUCUGCAACAUCGUUGCCCAGAAUGUUGCCACUGGGUAUGGUCAACCGCCAAGUACAAUGUACGACUGGGCCCUCGAACCAGCGUCUCUCAAGGAUGCCGAUUAUCGUUUGCCGGAUGAGCUCGCCGUUCGAUUGCGCAUUGAGAAGUUCUGCGAUCGUGUAACCAAGGCUUUGUAUAGCAGCAAGCCUGAGCCGGUCGAAUUCAUUAGCCCGGAGAAGCUCAUUAUCAUUCAAAUUCUAGAAAAUGAGCUACGGGAUAUGGAAGUUGAGUUUCGCGAAACGAUUUCAGCCAUUAAUAUGAUUCAUUUGCGGGCCGCAGAGCUUCACUUCCGGUAUUUCGUAUUUUUAGGGUCAAAUGCACGAAGCGAUGAUCUAAGCAAACUGUUCAUUGCCACUACCUCAUUUCUGGGUCGUGUCCUCGACCUUGAGACAUCGCCGGGCGAGUUGAUCGGACACGCCACUAAUUACAUUCUUCAAAUGAUUGUGUCGGCUGCGUUUGCCCUCAUGAAGCUUCUGAGGAGCAGUUUCAACAGAAACAUUGAUUUCAACCACGGAAAGCUCUUAUUCAAUGGGGCGAUAUCUGCGAUUCGGAGAAUUAGUGUCAUGGAUCACGAUCGGCCCAUCCGGUUGGCUGAUAUCCUUGCACAAAUGUGGAAUGCAACCAGUCCCGAGCCGGCUGAAGAGGAUAAUCUUCAGCUCAAGAUCCGCUGUCGAAUGAGCAUGAGCCAUGUUUAUGAUACAGUGUGGCGCUGGCGACAACGCUUCCGGCCUCUCAAAAGCAUCGAGGAAAUGCAAGGUAAGUCCAGUAUGUUCACAGGGGCAGAAGCCUUUGCUUACUCUCUUGCAGCGGCGGCCGCAGUGGCCAACCAGGAUAUUACCUCCACUAUGGGACCCUUGACACAACAACAGGAUAACGCACUUGCGGACCAGUCUAUGAUGUUGCCACCGCAGUUUGAUGAAGGCGGCGCCUUCUUCACAGAGACUGGCUUUUCGGAAGUUUUUGAUUCUCUCAACUGGGUUUUCGAGGGCAUCCCCGAUUCUUUCGUUGCGCCACCUGUUUUAUAA